GAACUAAUUAAGACUAAAUUGAGAGUCUUUUGUUGUAGAUCACUAGAGCUGAAAUAACCAAUAAUGAGCUCUAAUCACUAGACCUGAUAUGGGACAGCUGCUGUGGUGAAAGAAACUGCUUAGCUUGCAUUAGUAGCGAGGCUCCCCACCUAACACCUGAAAUCACUGAGAGCUGUGUUAAGUAGUAGGACCUCAAAACAUCCAAGAAGCUAUAGCAGAGAGGGCAGUGGCAGAGUGAAUGAUGGCAGAGCAGCUGGCAGCAGAAUGAGUGACGGCAAAGCUGCUGGCGGAGCAGCCAGUGGAGGAGUGAGUGACGUUGGAGCUUCCAGCAGAUCGGCAGCAGGCAGAAGGAAGAUCAUGGCAGCAGCAGCUGAAACAUUGCUGGAUUCCUCCCGCCUCCCCGCCCCUCCCAGGGUGGGAGGUGAACUCAUGCAAAUGCAUCUCUGAACUGUGGGUCAUUGCUGACAAAGAACAACAAAUGCCAGCUGCUGUGUUACCCAGUGUGGGUGCUGCUAGUGAAUCGAAGAAAGGGAAAUUUCCCAUUUGGCCAGAAUGGAACGAAGCAGAUAUCAAUGCAGAAAAGUGGGAUGCAGGAAAAGUUGGAAAAGAGAAAGAUAAAGCUGGAAAGAGUCCAGUUUUGCAUGUCUUUGAGGACCCCGAAGGGAAGAUUGAAUUGCCACCUUCCUUAAAAGUGAAUUCCUGGAAACGUCCACACGAAUUUUUAACUAAUAAGGUUCCUGUAGUAGUGAAAAACGAAAACUGGUUUGACCUUUUUUCAGCAAAUGAACACUUACUUGGUAGUGAGCUGAUGAGAUGGAUAAUAAGUGAAAUUUGUGCAGUCUGGAGGAUAUAUAAUGUGAACGUUUUAACUAAUGAGGGUAAAACCAACACAAACGAAACAUCUAUAUUCUCUUGGAAACCAUGGGAGCAUAUAUAUGCCUUAUGCAAGGCUAUUAAGGGACACAUGCCUCUGUAUAAUAGCUAUGGAAAAUAUGUGGUGAAACUUUACUGGAUGGGAUGCUGGCGAAAGAUCAUUGUGGAUGAUACUAUGCCUUUCAACGAAGAGAAUAAUUUGUUGCUUCCAGCUACAACCUGUCAAACUGAACUUUGGCCACUGUUGCUGGCAAAAGCAAUCAUUAAGCUGGCGAACACUGAUAUACACGAAGCUGGAAAACGAGAGCUGGAGGAAUUCACAAUUCUCCAUGCACUUACUGGAUGGAUACCAGAAGUUAUUCCUCUCCAGCCUGGAUAUUUGGAUAAAGUUUGGAUCUUUUUAAAAGACAUAGUGCCAGAAUUUAAGCUACCAAAUGAGACAACUCCUGAACUGAAAAAUCCUCUGUCAGAUAUGAAGGCUAAAGAAACCAAAGGGCCUGAGUUAAAAAAUGAAAUUCCAGUUGCCAGUAAGCAAGCAGAGAAGGCUGAGAAAAUUGGCAAAGAUAAGCUGGAACAAAGAGAAAUUGGAAAGAAGAAAAGUAGAGAUGGUGAAAAAGAAAAAAACAAGUCAGCACCUCAUUUUGCACGAAUCGCUACAGACAUUCAAAGUUCCCUUCAGUCCUUUAUUGAGAGCUCUCCAGUGCCGACACUGCCACAAAUGGUGGUGUAUGCUAGCUAUGUACCUCUCCAUUUGUCUGAAGAAAAGAUCUUUGUUUUGGGGCAAAUGGCUGAUUCCUCUGAGAAGUUGAGGCAGUAUGGACUUUCCCACAUAUAUAGCCAUCCUGUGCUGGUGACUAGGACUAGGUCCUGUCCUCUGGUAGCUCCACCAAAGCCACCACCAAUUCCUCGAUGGAAACUUAUCCGCCCGAAAAAAGAAACUGUUGUGACAGAUGAAGCUCAAGAACCUAUAAUAAAGAAACCUGAACAGUAUAUCGAGAUUGCUAGCCCAUUUCUGAAUUAUAGAGUCACUCCUAUUGCAAUGCCCACAAAUACCCAUUUUCCAUCAUCUACUAUCAAAAGAGGAUAUAGUCCUGCAUCCACCCUCUCUUCUGUCAUUGAAAGUGAUGAAAAUGUAAAUGAUAUUUAUUUGGAUGUGAAUCAAAAUAUGAGAUUCUUGAGUGCAGAAGAUAAUUCCCAGGAAACUUCCCUCAUUCAACAGCAUAACACAGAAGGCCCCACUAAAGAUGAAUUAAUUGAAAAUAUAAGUAUUGAUGUGACUCAGACAUCAGAAGCAGUUGACACUAGUAUAUACAGCCAGACAGUGGAUAAAUCACCAGAAGAAAUUGAGUCAGAACGGAAUCCUGUUUCCAGGGAAACAUGGUUUGAUUUUGACGACUUCUCUACUUGUUUUCAGAACCUGCAUGUUUUCCACAAACCAAAUACAUAUGCUUAUAGUUAUCAGAAAGCCGAUUUUAAGUUUACAGAUGAUCGAGUCUUCUAUUAUUUAUUUGUGGACAGUUUGAAGCCUAUUGAAAUCCUGGUUAGUUUUUCUGCAUUAGUACGCUGGGGAGAUUCUGGAGCGACACAAAAAGAAGGUUCUGGUAUACCACAGGGCAUGCUUACGGUUGAAAGUUUCUCUUGGAAAAGUGUGGCUACUGGGCAACUUGUGUUAAAGAUACAUACGUAUGCAACCAAAGCUGCUAUGCUAAGCCUUCCCCCAGGGCGACGUGUGUUAAUCUUCACUGCAAGUUCCCCCAUAGGGCACCAUAUCCAUCUGUGUAGCAUGGUGCCAUGUGUGUUUGGUGAAGAGGAUACUGUUAUGCCAAAUCUUGACAAGGAGAGCUACCGGUUUAUAGAACAGGCUACAGUUAUCCUGAAAGCUAUUGGAAAUGUGAUUAAUAAUUUCAGCAGUGAGCCUGAACUUUCCAAGGCCCUGAAGGAGCUGGAACUAACUCACUUCCCUCACAGCCUCCAUGGUACAGGAAUAGCUAGAGAACACUUCAAGGUUUUCAAUAAUGCUUUUAGGCAUUUGAUCCAACAAGUGUUAGGUAAUAAGGUUCCUUCCAAUUUUGAAUUCGCUUUUAGAUCCUUCACUUUGGAUUUGAAAGCCAACGAUGCUUCCAUGGAAGACAAUGUAUCUUCAGAGCUCAAUAUUCCUGUUGCUUGGCAGAACAGAACUCCAACUUCUGAAGAAGAAGCUGCAGUGCUUAAGCUGCAAAGCAAUUGGAGAGGGACCUAUGUUAGGCAAUUGAUAAAUGGCAGAAAACCAGGCACUAAGGAGAAUGCUAAUGUCAAAGAAAUCCUGCAAAAACUGUGGACUUUGAUUGACUCAAAUAUUGAACAGUGUGGUGUAACUCUACUGAGAGAAAUGUUUAAAAGCAACUGUAAGUCUAUCAAAAAAUACCCCUGCUAUGAGGAUGAAUGGGCUAAAACAACUUUUGCUGAUUAUGCUGUAACGUAUUUUGAUCAGCCACCAAAUUUUUGGUUUGUGGUUUUUAGGGAAACAUUUCAUGUGACAGAAGAUAUGCUUGUAGUGCCAAAGAUGUACACAACCAUCCCUACCUGUAUGCUCCAUGUUGUAGAUAAUGACACACUGGAAGAAAUGCCACGCAUCUUUCUCAAAGUGGCCCCGCAUGUUUAUACCAAGAAUAAGAAAGGAUACACAUUCAUGGCUGAAGCACAUACUGGUGACUUACUUGUAGCAGCUGGGAAAUGGAGACUACGUCUCAUUGGUUCCCAUAGUCCACUCCCCAUUCUCUCUCGUGACGUUGUAAACAAUUUCUAUUCCACUAAGGAAAUUAAAGACUAUUAUAUACCCAAUGACAAGCACAUUGUAUUCAGGUAUGCAGUAAAAGUCACAGCAUCACAUAUUGCUACAGUGCAGGUACAAACCUCUAAAUCAGAUGUGUUCAUUAAAUUGCAAGUCCUGGAUAGUGAGGAGGAAAUUGUGUGCACUGUUGGAAAGGGCCAUGCUGUCAUCCCUGCAUUUAAUUUCUUGUGUACUGAAAGACCUUUAAGUUCUCAGUCAAGCAAAGGUCAGAUUAGCCAAAGCAGCACAAAGAAGGACCCAGAAACUGGAGGGACCAAAAGAAAAGGCGCUUUAGCAACCCAGAAAGGCAUCAAAUCUCAUAGGCCAGAAAGUAUACUAGAAGGCCAGGCUGUAACAGAAGAAGAGACUGUCAUCCUCCCAGCUCCUGAAAAGAAUGCUGUAGAUCCACAACCGUCUCACAAGUACAUUAUACAAGCACUGGUGUUGUAUAACAGUUGGCCACUUACCGAGAGUCAGUUGGCAUUUGUUCAGGCACUGAAAGAAAUGGAGAAAAAUGAAAUCAAAGCACAUGGUGAGAAACAUGAUGAACCCACUGCAGCAGUAAACCAGGAUGUUUAUAGCAAUGUUGAAGGGCCAAAAUCUGCAAGCACUCCUAAAACAACUAGAAAAACAAAAGAUAAAGCAACUGAGAAGGCAGAAAAAGAAAAGUCCAGUAAAGAUAAAACAGCAUCUGCAUCUAGACCGGAAUCUCAGCAAUCUGAUCCAAACAAACCUUACUGGGUCUUGCGUCUAGUCAUUGAACAGAGUGAGGCAGAGGUGCUGGAACUGAAGAAAGACACAGAGAGAGCAGAUGAGAUCAAAGCCAUGAAACAAGCAUGGGAGUCUGCAGAACCAGGAAGAGCUAUCAAGGCUUUUCAGGAACGCAUGCACUUCAUUAAUAAGUGCACACGGAAGGGUUCCACAGAGCCCAUGGCUGAGCCUGAAAGUAUCAGUGUUGCACUGGGCCCAGGGGAAGGAGAUGCAGUUUCCCCUGUGCUUGAAAUAACAGGAUCAUCAGCAGUCACUGGCGCAAGCACACAAGCUCAGCAAAAGGAAUGGGAACCUCUAGACCUAACCCCCUACGUUAGAAAAACAAUGCCUGAGCCUGUGCUAAGAAAUGAGUCUAUCAUUCAACAGCAGGAGAUGCUUAAAGCAGAAGAAAUCAAUCGUUUUAGGGAGCUUCGACAGCUGGUUCUGGAACAAAGAGAAAAAGACCAAAAUGCUCGCACAUUAUUGAAGCAAAAUAUACUUGAAAUGUAUGAGCAUCUACAAGUAUCCUUAGAUGAAGCACGAGGCAGGGUUCUCAGUGCUCGGGAAGCAUACAGAAGUAAGUUACUAGAAGCUGAAGUCAAAAAACAAGAAGCACUAGUUGCUGAAGAAGCAGCCGUUCGAGCAGAGCAAGAGAAGAAAAGUCCAGAUGCACUGAAAAAAAAGCAAGCAAAAAGUGCAGGGAAAAAAAAGUAACAGCCUGAAAGGUUAACUCUGCCCAUUGUUUAGGAAAGAGAAUUUAUUUUUAAUGAUUAAAAGAAUUAUUCAAUAUUUUUCUAAGUCAACGUUUUGUUACCCAGAAAAUGCAGUUUUUUCUCUUUUCCAGGUAUUAUUCCAAAAUCCAU